GGUAACUUGCUCUGUACACCCAUGAUUCUCAUUUUGAGUUCGAAGUCAUUCUUUUUUACAUGGCCACGACUUGGAUUUGCGUUUCGUCAAGGCUGACCCAAUUGAUUGUAUAUGGAAAACAACACUAAUUGCAUCAGCUCUAUUAACUGGGUCGGAAUAGCGGCUGUAGAGAAAACUAUUGCUUGGCCGCACCGACGAAAGACACGCGGAAAGAUCCUAAGCCAAAACGACAAAACAUCAUCGCAUGCUUGCUCUUUUUGUUCCUGAUUUAAACGACGAGGAAGUUGACUUUUAUGGAAAUUAGAAUCCUUCGUCUAAUUUGUGCGGCUCCAAAUACACGUUGCGUCUAGUUCCUUGGCAGAUCCUUUCACAUUUCUCGGUCGCGGAUACGAACGGACCCUCUGAUACUACUACAUAUGGUCUGACCAAGUUUUGAACAUUCUUCGCCAAACUCUGCGCUAUCUUGGCUUGGCUGCUGUUGUACCCUCGUGCUAUGAGAAAGAACCCCGCAACGACUGCUACACUGAUGUCAUAAUUGCUUUGCUCAGGCAACGAAUCAAUCUGUCGUAUCACGGCCGCUAUGUUACUGCAAGGAAUCAUGCUGUUGGGUAUAUAAAGCUCACUAGUGGGACAUAUGUUCUACAUCUUGCACUCCUGAAUUAUAUCCAGCUUGUCUAUCACAAACAUGAAGUUCGCUCUCGCCGCCUCUUCCCUCGCUCUCGUUGCUGGUGCUUCGGCCCGUUCCAUUACGGUCACUAACAAGUGCUCAUACACCGUCUGGCCUGCUAUCUACACUGGCUCCGGAACUGCGCCCAGCCAAACCACUGGCUGGCAGGCGAACACUGGUGACACCGUCACCUUCGAUGUUCCCGACAACUGGACUGCUGGACGAAUCUGGGGUCGCCGUGACUGCGACGCCAGCGGCACCUGUGUCACUGGUAACUGUGCUGGUGGUAUCGUCUGCACUCAACCCGGAACUCCCCCCGCUACCCUCGCCGAGUUCACCUUGGCCGCCAGCGGAAACCAGGACUUCUACGACGUUUCCCUAGUCGAUGGUUUCAACAUCCCCGUUGCCAUCACCAACGACCAGGGAUGCAGCACUGCUGACUGCCCAGUUGACUUGAACGCCAACUGCCCUGCUGAGCUCCAAGGACCUUCUGGAGCCUCUGGCAACGAGGGAUGCAAGAGUGCUUGCUUCGCCAACCUUGACGGCAACCCCACCGACUCUGCCAACUGCUGCAGCGGUUCUCAUGCCACCCAGGCUACUUGCCCCUCUUCCGGAGUUACUGACUACUCUUACUUCAAGAACGCCUGCCCCAACUCGUACUGCUAUGCUUACGACGAGGCGAGCGGCACUGCUCUCUGGACUUGCGAUGCUGGCAAGGCUGCCUCUUACACCGUCACUUUCUGCCCUUGAGAGAGUGUUGCCGUUGUGGAUUGACUUCGCAAUACGUAUUUAUUUCAUGUUGUUGCAAGUGUUGUCAAAAUAAUCAAGUUGUUGUAUAUUU